AGUACACACAAGCAGCGGCUACAUCCACUGUAGACAAAUCCGUGCUCAGUGACGUGUUUUGUAUUAGCCUUUUUUACGCAUGUUCCCAGCCCUUUUCCACCUCAGACUCGUUUAAAUUUAAUCAGGGAUCGAGAAUCGACUCCCCCGGGUGCGUCUUAUUUUCCUUAUUUCUAAUCGCCCCCUUUAUUUAUUUAUCUUCUGCCUCGAUAGACACGUUAUUUUGCCAAUCCACCGUCCACCCCCUCUCUUCUUUUUUCCCUCCAUCUCCUUCUCUCUGGGAGUGCAGCGCGCUGCGAAGCUCUGAAAUAAAAACUAAAACAAAGCCUGCAGCAGCAGAGCAGUGAUCAUGGGUUGUCUUUAGAGAGUUUCCUGCCAGCAGCCGACGGACAAAGAGCGAGGCACCCAUCCACGACCUCCGCCAGCACCAACUUUCCGGAGAGACGAAAAGAAAGAGAAAGAGACAGAGGCAAAAGAGAGAGAACGAGUGCAAGAAGGAGAGAGGGGAGCAGGUGAAAACAGUCGAUGGAUGCUGUCCGGAUUGAGGGGACAGCACGUUCUUCACUGACGAGGAAAAGAAAGAUUUCAAAAUUGAGUCGAAGGAUAGAAACUCGCCGUCAGGCAUGGUGUGUGAGAAGGGGAUCCAGAUCCUUCUCACCACCGUGGGGGCAUUCGCUGCCUUCGGCUUGAUGACGGUGGCAAUAGGGACGGACUACUGGCUAUACUCCCGUGCCCUCAUCUGCAACAGCACAGCCAACGUCACCCAGGAUGACCCCCAUAAUAAGGACAAGAAGGAUCCUGGGGCGCUCACCCACUCUGGGCUAUGGCGAAUAUGCUGCCUGGAAGGAGUGAAGAGAGGAGUGUGUUCUCAGAUUAACCACUUCCCAGAGGAUGCAGACUUUGACCAUGAUGGGGCAGAGUACGUCCUACGGGUAGUCAGGGCUUCCAACAUCUUCCCUAUUCUUAGUGCCAUCCUACUGCUGAUGGGAGGGGUUUGCAUCGCUGCUAGUCGUUUAUAUAAGAGUAAAAGGAACAUCAUCCUAGGAGCAGGAAUCCUCUUUGUGGCUGCAGGUCUCAGUAACAUCAUCGGUGUGAUAGUCUACAUCUCAGCCGCCCUGGGGGACAUUUCUCCCAAGAAGGAUGAGGAUAAGAAGUGGCAGUACUCCUAUGGUUGGUCCUUCUACUUUGGAGGCCUGUCCUUCAUCAUGGCUGAGAUGGUGGGCGUGCUGGCCGUCAACAUCUACAUCGAGAAGAACAAGGAGCUCCGCUGCCGCUCUCGCACCGACAUUUUCAAGAGCACCACGCAUGCCAUGCUCCGCCUGCCCAGCUACCGCUUCCGACGCCGCUCUCGCUCCUCGUCCCGCUCCACCGACCCGUCCCGCUCCCGAGACCCCUCACCGGUAGGGGGAGGCGGGGGGAAGAACUUCGGCCUGCCCCCGUCCGCGCUGCUCUCCCAGGGCCCCAUCUCAGUGUCCACUUUGCCCAACCCUCACUCCCGCUCCCACACGGCCUUGGCUGGCGGCGACAUCUCCCUCUACACGCUGUCCCGCGACCCCAAACUAGGGGGUCUGCCCCCCAUGUACGGAACGGUGGACAGGGCCACACUUUACCAGCUUCACAACUGCUUCCCAAAGGAUGGAGGUGGAGUGAUGAUGAGUGGUACUCUCCCAUCACUCAAAUCCCACAACCCUUCCAACUCUUCCAACUCCAAUGCGCAAAUGCCCAACUCUGUGGGCUCGGGCCCUCCACCCUUCACCUCGUCCACCGUUGACAGGGAGCGAGGGAUGGGGACUCUGGACAGGCUGAAGGGAGACAGGGAGAGCAACUCUAACACCCUCAAUAGGAAGACAACGCCUGUGUAGGAGGGGGUAUGAGAUGAGGGAGGUCAGGAGGAAGGGAGAGAAGCAGAGUGAGUAGUAGUGAGAGAGGAAAGGUAGACAGGAGCACUGCAUUUAUGUGGCUCAACAGGAAAUAGAUAGAAACACAAGCAGACAGGUGAAACGCUAUGUCUCUCCCUCCAUGUUCACUGUUAUGUAGUCGACUCAAUCUCACUGAGAGCAAAAAGAGUAAUAACAGAGCGAUAAUAACAACAACAAUGGACUUUCACAAUAAAACUAUUUUGAUAUUUUAACAUGCUAGAAAUUAUUUAUUUUGUUAAUGAUCAAACACAAUUAACCUUGGGCUACUAUGAAAAUGUUUCACAUAUUUUUUUUUGUGCAAUAUUACUGCUAAUUUAACCAGAUCAUCAUUAAUGUCGAAUUGUUGUUGUGAUUAUUCUUAGCGUUAUUACAGGCUAGCUGUAUUUGCAAACACUAUAGUUUGGAAUGGAAUUUUUAAUUUUCUUUCUUUUCUUUUUCUUUUCUUUUUUUUCACUCUAAUUUUAGAUCUUUACGACUUUUACUGUGAAUUUCUUCCAUGCAGAGCCACUGGGACUGUCAGUGAGCUGUGUCUAACUGCGUCAAAAGUGUCAAGCAUGAGUGUGCACAAUAUGUGGGUGAAAGAGAGUCUGUAUUAUUUUUUUUAACACCCAUAUACAGUUAUACAAUUUUCAUUUAUAAUAUGAAGUCAGAUGUGAAUACUGUAAAUUGUCUUCCAAUACUGAUACUGAAAGAAAUGCAACAAUAACGUGAGCGAGACAAGUGACCAACUUCAUUGUUAUUGCGAGUCUGAGUUUUCUAUGGGCCUCUGUUAGUCUUAUUUCCAUUCUAAUCAGUGUUAACAGUAGUACUUGUAGCUAUAGUCGUGUUGAAGAUGUUUGUUCUUGGGCAUUAACAGAAACCUCUGAUUAGAGGAAGCAGAAAAAAAGAGACCUAGAAUAACACAUUUGUACAGAAUCAAGUAAAGGUUGCUGCCUGAGCAGAAAAACAGAAGAAAAAAAAACUUUUUUAUAUAUAUGGAAAGUCCCCAGGUGACACAUGCAAAUCAUAAUUUUCAGAGGCAAAAAACAGAACAUGUGUAUGUGGGUUACAAAGGGUUUAAAAAAAAAACAUUAUGGAGAAAACUUUUGAAACGAUGCGUGUACAUUGUAAUUUACACAUACAUAUAUUUGUAAAGUCUAUAGGUACGUUUUUUCGGGACCACUGUUCAAACUGGGUAUGCAUCAUUUUGGGCAGGGUGGGUUUGGCUGAGGUGUUUUGUUCCCAGUACCGUCCCUGGACUCUUGUUGGAUGGUUUCAGCCGCCACGCUUCACUCUCCAUACCUGGCCCUUCCCUUGCCCGUAAUCGGUCACAUGAUUAGUGUUUCCCAUACUUUAUCACGUCAGCUUCCCCACAGAGACAACACCCGUAAUCUCCCCAAAGAUUCUUUUCACUGUGCUUCCCCCUGUUAACGGCUGAGUCUGAACUAUGACCUGUUUAUGUUGAUGAGAAUGUAAACACAUGUAAAACCCUCCCCACACACACACAGUCUCUCUGUCUCUCUGUCUUUCUGUCUCUCUCUCUCUCUCUCUCUCUCUCUUUUUCUCGUCUAAACCGUCCCAACUGACUGCAGACCCGGGCUGAAGCCCCGGACACACCUGCUACAUGAUAUAACGAAGAAACAAAGCAACGACAACGACGCUUCCAGAUUCUAUACAUUUUAAUUUCUUUGAUUUCAUUUCAGAAAAAAAAAAUGUGAUACAACUGCGCACAGAUAGCAUUUAUGUGGGCAAUAUGAAUAGUAUGUAGUUGAGAAUAGAUAUAUCUAGACAAACGAUUAUGGUUUAUCUAAAUGUGUGAUAAACUUAAACACUGUAUUGCACGAAGUUUAUAAAAAAAAAAACAAUAACAGACAUACUCACAGACUGCUGUCUUUUGUUUCUUUCUUGCUGAAUUGUCGUCUGGAAUGAAACACAGGCUGAGCAUAUUACGUAUUAUUAAAUGGCGGUGGAAGAUCACCCUUACACGUCCAGGUAAACAAAUACCACACAAGAUCAAUAUUUCACUAAAAUCUGCAUUUAACUUAAACUGACUUCCCAUUCAUGAAGCUGUUUUGCUUUUUGACACCUCACAUGAUGUUACAUGUGCAGAGCUUGGCCCUUCAGAGCCAACCAUGGUCUAAUACACAUCCUAUGGUCAAACAGAAGACAUCUUCAUAUGGCAAUUAAACUUUUAAAAUGAAAAA